GGACUCAGUUGGUCGAGGAAAAGCGAAGGGCUGUGCUAUUGAGCGUGCGUGCGUGUUACCUCCGUCCCUCGUUCGUUGGCUCGCUGCUUGCUCGCUCGCUCGCUCGCUGUCUUGUUCGCUGGCUCGCGCUGCUUUCCCUCCCAUCGGCAGGCAGGGGCUCGACCUUUGGCUCUGUGACGACCUUCCUCGUAUCGUCUUGGGCGGAGAUGGGGACAGGAGGAGAAGAAGGAGGAGGGCUGACGCCGGACUGGUCGUAGAGUGCAAGGGGCCUUCGUCGUCGACCUCGGGCUCUCGACGGGAGGACGCGAGGCGGUGGCGAGGGAGGGUGGGAGAUUUGCUUGGCAGCAAACGCGCGACGCAAGUAUGGGGAAAUGUAUCGUGGGGCACGUAGAUGUUGGCACAUGAUUGCAUUCUAGUGCAGGGGAAUUGCAGGUCGCGUUGGCGUGGCGAUGCGAGGAGCAGAAUGAUUGUGGUGGAUGUUCAGGAGGCGGAUUGUCGGCGAGGCAGGGAGCGCGAACUGACGAGGAUUGAGGGUUGGUGAAGAUGAUGGACGGGGCGAGUGGAGUCGGAGUCUCGGAGGACGAUGGGACGGGCAUAUCGGAUGCGGGAAAUGUGCAGCAGGGAGUAAUUUGAGGACGACGGUGGGGCUACACGAGGGUAUGGCGCCGGAUCCUGCAACGGGGAAAAGCAGAGGGUCUCGGUAUCGCACUAAUGAUGCGCAGUACAGAAGCGGAGAUGGGCCUGAGCGUGAGUCGCAACGGCCGGAAAUGGGUGGAAAGGGAAAAGCGGACAAAGAAAGCUUGGGAACUGAAUUCGGUAGGGGCGUGAAAAGACGACAGCAUGGAAGUGGUGAUGGUAGUAGCUUAGGAGCUUCUUCGCUGCCUGCCUCGGGCUCACAUCGUUCUUCCAAGCGAUGGCGCGGAGAUGGGGCCGAAGGCGUGGAUAGCGUAGGUCCUGCUGAUCGCUGGGAUGGAGGCACAUCGGAUCCCGUCAAAGAAAGUGCGUCGUCCUUGGGUAAGGGCAAGCAAGAUUUAGAUGUCAAGGUUGCGGAUGCAGGAGCUGGAAAGAUUACUCUUACUCAAGGAAAGGAAGGUUUGAAUAUGGAGAAGGUCACGCGGAAGCAGAGGGUCUCGAGAGCAAGUUUAGCCUCGGACAACAGAGCGAUCACCGUUAUGGAUUUGCAAGAAACGGACUUAAGCAUUAUAGACUCCAAUAUAAGGAUAAAGAACAAAGUUAGCUAUCGAAGGGAGAGUGUCGCAGAAAUCACGGACUCGGAGGCCGAGAAAGGUGUGAAAGAAAACUCGAAAAGUACAGCUGAAGUGCGGAGUAGGAGAAGGUGGGAUAGGGAUGGAAUCAAAGGUGGCGCGGAAGACGUCGAGGACGGUUCCGCACGAGGAAUGGUUGCCUCUGAAGGAAGCCUGGAGCGAGACAAGAGGAAGGAGAAGUCAGUCGGAAGAGACAGAGACGUAGAUGGCAUCAGAGUCCAGAAUGGCCGAAAACCAGAUGGAACUCGUGAGCCGGUCCUGGAAACUGGGGGCAGACCUGAAGCUUCCGACGAAAUCGAUCAGCGGACAAAUGAGUGGAAGAUCCAGGAGGACCUUCGUAAUGUCGAGUUGGAGAAAGAGCUGGAAAAUCGUAUACGACGUCGAAGGGAAGAAUCAGGUGAUAGAGAUAGGUGGAGAGACGAUGACCGUGAACGAGAUGCGAAACGUCACUCGGAUCCACGAGAGGAGCGCACAAGGGAAGAGAGACAUAGAGAAGAUUAUUCUAGAAGAGAAAGGGAGAGGCAUAGUGACAGACACGAGAGUCGGCAGCACAGAGAAGGAAGCAGGCCAUCGGAAGGUAAGCUGAGAGACGAGAGACAUUACGAAAGUGAUCGUGAAUACAGAUCUCACCGAGAGGAACGUCAGCAUGUUGUACGCUCAAAGGAUGUCGACGAUCAUGGCCGAGGUGAUCGCCCCCGAGAUCAAGAACAUCGGGAUAGGAAGGGGCGUGAUAAGGUCUCUAGCUACGAAGUGGAACGCCGAGUUCGUGAGAAGGGCUACAAAGACGAUCCAUCUGAUCGAGAAAGAUCUCACGCAACGACUCCGUUCGGCGAGUCUAUUGAUGGAAGAAGUGAACAUAGGCCCAAAAGGGCCCGUGAAGGCGAGACAGGCGAAGGAACUUUGGCGGAAAGAGAAACUUCCAGACAGGGAGGACGCUCCGGAGACCCAGAUACACCUGCCGCCAAUGACUUAACCCAUGAUGAUAGACCCAGGCGCGGUAGAGAUGAACGAGAUGGAGAUAUUCGACCUGAACGGCUGCGGGCUUCUCCUAGAGACAGUGACAGCAUGCGAGGGAAGGUGAAAGCAAAUCAUUGGCGCAGUGAAGGGAGUGCUUCUGAACUGCUUCGUGAAGGUCAACCUUCGCCCCGUCAAGACACCAGGGCUUCACCUUCUUCCAACCGCUUGGAUUACCCCUCCCCUCCCAGGCUAGAUGACAGGAGAUCACCAAGAUACACUUCUCAGAGGUCACCUUCACCUCCUCAUCUGGAUGUUGCUUGUGGUCCACCACGAGGGAAGACAGGACACGGAGAUUGGUUUGAACCUAGUAAUAGUGUAAGCAGCUCCAGUGGUACUCAAAGACGACCCCCAGGUGCGAGCUUGCACGUGAGUGAUCGUCGAGAUAGGAUGAAAUGGGUCUCUGGUGCAGAAGAAGAGGUUAAGAGUGGAAUGCACCGGAGUAAUCGCAGCAUGGAUGAAGCUAGAGAGGGUUCCUUGAGUCCUCAUAGACUUCGCGAUCAGCAUAUGCACGGAGUCCUGGUGAAGCCGCCGUUGCACGGGCAAGACACCUUUUCAAGGGUUCCUAUGGUUGGCCGCGGGGAUCGAGAACGAUGGCGGAGUUCAACUCAAGGUGGUUCUACAUCCUAUGAAGGUGGGCAGUUGGAUCAUCACAUUCCAGAAGAAUUGUCUCCGAGAGACAGGAAUGAACGAGGGCGGCGAAUGCCUUUGAACAGGCCACCAGGUAGUCCUAUGAUCAGGCCACAACUAGCCUCACUGCCAGCGCCUCCUUUGGCACCAUUACCACCACCUCCACCGUUCAGGCCAGGCAUCGACAACCCUGCGGUUCUCGGGCCACCGAAUGGUGGUUUUGAUGAUGGUACCUGCUCCAGAGAUCAAGGAAGAGGGGACAGGAAAGGUGGUCCUUUGCGCAGAGAAGGUGGUGGAGGCGGUAUAGGUCCUGGUGACGCUUGGAGGGGUGUAAAUAUUGGAAACUGGAACUCCAGAAAUCAAGGCCCAUUGCCCGGAAAUGCGUUUCCACCUUUUCCUCCACAGUUUGCGCCACAUCCUUCGCCGGGUGGGGGUGGUUUCCCCGGUAUGGGCCAGCAGUUUCCUGGUCCUCCAAUUUUUCCUGGUGGUGGGGGCCGGCCGCCCAUGGAUAUGGGUUUUGGAGGUAGAUUUAUUGGUCCUGGGGGUCACAUGGGUGAAAAUGGGGAUGGAUUCCUCGGUCCCGGUCGUGGAGCUGGCUGGCAUGGACCUGGAGAAGGCGAUGAUGGUAGAGGUCCUCCUCUAAUGGGACCUGGUGAUGGAUGGGAGGGCCCUGGUCCUCAUGGAGAUGACAGGCAUAGACAUGGUCGUAUGGAAUGGGAUAGGGGUGGACCUAUGGGGGUCCGGGUUUGGGAGCGAGAAAGAGAGAGGGAGCUUUGGGAGGGACGUGUCCGAGAAGGGGCUUCUGACUUUAUGCCACUCCGGUCACAAAUGGAACCUCCACUUCAAAGUUCAGCUUUUCCUCCUGGCGGUAGCGGGUGGGGUAUGCCUCGAGAACCUCAAGUUCUCAAUGAUCUCAAACCUCGACCUGAAAGACCACCAUAUGACAUCCAAGAAUCAAAGCGAAAGCCUGAUGGUGUAGUCCCAAAGUUGAAGACAGCAAAGUCAAUGGGUAAAACACAGGUCUUGAAUGAAGGAAAGCGUAACAAACAUGCAACUGCCGCGAUGCAAUCUGUUCUUAGUCAAUUGCACAUAUCACCUGAACUUGCAGGUGCAGACCUCUACAAUAAGUACAAGGCUCUACUUCCUGCCUCAGAUUCUGAAAAACAGGCGCAUGGAGUUGAAGAAGAAGACACAGAUUCUGAGUCUGCAGAUGACGACCUGAACUUGGAAGUGGACCUUGAAGGUGAAGCUCUAAUCUCGGCCCCGAAACUCCUUCCGAAGCUAUUACCUCCCCUUCCGGAAGGUGUCUUCGAGGCUGCGAUGAGAGUGUAUAGAAAACCAGAGUGGGAGAAUAAGCUGCAAAGGUCCAAAGUGGGCUCUUUCAUUCUUCCUUUUGAUCCUGCCACUGUCAAGCUGCCCUCAAUCAAGAUGGAGCUCCGGAAUGAUUUCUUAGUUGCAUCUCAGGAUCAAGACCUCGCUGUUGGGACUCUUUAUUCUCAGCAGCAGGAUGAUAUUAAUGCUCCUGUUGUCCCCCAGCAGGACGUAGAUGUAAUAGAUACAGAAACAGGUGCAGAUUUGUCGGUGGCCAGCGUGGAUGAGGUAGUAGAUCGCAGAGGUAGCAUUUCAGCAUUAGUUGCACAUAUUGAACAUUCUGACAACGAGGUUGCAGUAGUUGAGGACACACAGGGACUCAUGGAUCCUCUUCCUGACCUCCGGAAACAUCCGUCAGCUAAUUAUAACGACGGAGAUGUAGCUGCCGUGUACCGUGUCGAUGAUUCUGUGGUUGCGGAAUCUGCAGAUAGGGGAGCUGAUGCUAUGGACGGGGAAUUCCUGCCCUCCUAUGUGGAGGUUGCUGAGUAUAGUGAUAGGGAGUUCGAAGCCGACAUGGAAGAUGCUAUGGAAGAUGUUCAGCAGGGAGUUGCGGUUGGUAAGGAAAUUCGUUGUCAAAACAGUGAGCCAAUGGAAGUGGACGAGUCUCAGCCGACAGCAUCAGUUGCCGACGUAAGCCGCCUUCAAAAUACUAUGUGCAUGGAAGUGGAGGAGGCUGAGUUCGAAAAUGCAGGUGUUGAAGAGAUUCUAGGCGGAAACGUCUGUGCAGAAGGAGAGGUGUCACUGAGAGUUACAAGCAGUGGAGAAUCUUGGGAUGGUAACAAUGCUCCUUCAGAAACUGAGACUGUUCCGGAGACUGGAAGCUCUGUAGUUCUGGGAACUGCGGGGGUUCAGCAGGGACAUGCCGUUGAUGCUGAAGAGGCUCGAGGUGAUGGAAAUACCUCUCUAGAAUCAGAAGAUGUGCAGAACGAAACUUUAGUUUCCGUCCAGUUCACGGUUGAGAGCAAGGUCCCUUCGGUGCUAGAGGAGUUCCAGGAGGUUGAGAUUGUCGAGGAGGCUCGGUCUGUGAGCAAUCUUUCUCCACAAAGAGGUUCUGUUCAGCAAGAUGAUACGCCCACAGCUGAGGCUUCUGCUGAGAGUGAUGUUUCUCUGCACGAAGAAGAAGCGGUUGACUUGGCCGAAAUGAACGAUGUUUCUCUGCACGAAGAAGAAGCGGAUGACUUGGCCGAAAUGAACGACGUUGCUAAUGAUAAAGAACUCGUGCUACAGAACCCUGAGGUGCUUCUGAACGAAGCCGAAGAUACGUCAAUUGAGGCCAGAACUUCGCCUACCGAGGAAGAUGCUACUUGCCACGCCGACCACGAUGAUGGGGUUUACCCGCAAACAGGUUCUUUAGAGAAUGUAAAUAGUCUUGUUGAAGGAAAUGAUGACGCUGUCGAGUACGGUGAUCAUGUUAACGCAGAUGAGGAUGCUGAUUUAGUAGAGGAGGAAAAGGUUGUUGGAGAUCAAGAGAGAGUCGAACUGGAAGUCGUGCUGUUAUCUGAAGCUGGUAUUGCAAACAGUGUCAUGGAAGAAGUCUGUGAUGAAAAAUUAUUGGACGAGACCAGGAAUGAGCUCUCACCGGAAGCUUUAAGUUCUGAAGUUGUCAGUGAAGCAGCGGGAGACACCUCUGUCCUUGGGGAGAGUGUGGACACUGUGCAUACUCCUAUGGUAGAAGUGGUUGAAAGAGAAACAGAGGCUUGGAUCUUCAUUGACAAUUCAAAUGAAGAGAGGCCUCAGAUCGAGAAGACAGUAGGAGAUGCCGUCGAUGAUGUAAGCUUGAGUAUGGCACCUGAAGAUGAUGAAGUUAGGCUGCCCAGUUCAUCUUCACCUGAUGUCAGACAACUGUCAGACGACGUGCAAUGCAUCGACGUGACUGAAGAAUCUCCCAGUGCCGUAGUUUCGGAACCUGAACAUAGGAUUGGAAGCAACGGCAAGUUGAAGGAAAUCGAAGAGGAGAGUUUGUCAACGCAAGAACAGGAAGAACCACCGGUCGCUGUAGUGGAGGUACAAGAAACCCUUCCAAGGCAGCUUAGAAAGCGAAGGGCAAGUAGUCGUCUACUAGCUAAUGCUGAGGCCCAUGCUCAACAAGAGGCAGCACAGGGUCAAGCGUCAGUGGGUGUUAAAAACAGAGGAGGUUCUAAGGGGUCUGGGAAGAGGGCCACUAAGGGAGCAACUAGAACAUCUCAGCGCCGUUCUAAGCGCAGAGGAAGUACACGUUGAGACUUUCUUUAAGUAAUUUUUUUCCCAGUUUGUUUCCCCUUUUCCAGUU